AUGAAGGUAAAUCCGCCCAAUACACCCGGUCUGAAAUAUGGAGCUGAUGGAAUAUCAAAGGUCAACCUGACGGAAUUCCCGAAAGUAGACCAUCCAAAUCUAGGAAGAUCCGUUGGUAUUCCUGGUGGAGAUUCCUCUCCGCUCCAACAGGGCAACCUCGUUGACAGCAUCUCGGGGCCGGCAGAGAAUGAGGCCGGCCGGGUCAGCGGGCAUGUGCAGGAUCUAUCCGACCGGCUGCAUUCACUCCUACCAGAAUAUUAUGUGAUUGGUCUGUGGAGUUAUUGCGAAGGGAAGCGAGAUACACAAACGUCCUCGAACUGCUCAGGGCCCAGUGCUUCCUUUUCCUUCGACUUAGCCGACCUUCUUUCCAACCGGCUGGCCCAGGCAAAUGUUUUGAAGGGAUAUCGCCAAGUAUCACAUUGGUCUGUGGUGGCAUACGUGAUGGCGUUCAUUACCACGUUUGUUGCUAUUGUUGCCGGCCUGGUUCGGUUCCCAUUGGCAAAACUAGUUGCCAUCAUAUCAUCAGCGGUAAGCCAAUAGGCGAAAUAGUAAAGCAGCGCUGACGGCUCAUAGGUAUCAUCUCUCUUGAUCAUUGGUGCGUCUGUGACGGUGACGGUGGUGUAUCAGCUGCUCACGCGCGGCAUAAACAGUACGUUGGGGCAAACGGGGAUCUCUUCUAGUCUUGGACCACGGAUGAUGGCCACAACAUGGCUCGCCGUGGCGUUUUCGGUUGGCUCGAGUUUGUUUUGGAUCGUGGAAAGAUGCUGUUGCUGCUGCCUCUGAAGGCUUUGAGUUCUGGAAAUCCAGGGCGACAUGUAUGC